AUGUUGGUAACUGGUAUAUUCCCAGACGAUCUAAAACAAUCUAGAGUAACUCCGAUUUUCAAGGACGGAGAUAAAAGUGAAUGUGAAAACUAUAAACCAAUUUCUGUAAUAUCGGCAAUUUCAAAGGUCUUAGAAACGCUUAUUUCAGACCAAUUAGCUCUUCAUUUAAACGACAAUAACAUCAUUGUCAAACAACAAUCUGGCUUUCGAAAAUGCCAUUCCACAGAAACUGCUCUUUUGCAUAAAACAGAUCAGUAUCUAUUGAACAUGGACAAAAGCAUAUUAAAUGGUGUUUUGUUUCUUGAUCUUAAAAAGGCGUUCGAUACGGUUGAUCACCAAAUUUUAAUUUCAAAACUAAAGAUUUAUGGAAUUGGAGGAGUAGCCCUAAAUCUUUUUAAAUCAUACAUAAGCAAUAGAAUACAAAGGUGCAAGAUACAAGGAAUUGAUUCACAACCGAAUGUAAUAACAUGCGGAGUACCACAGGGUUCUAAUUUGGGUCCAUUAUUAUUUUCAGUUUCAUAUUAAUGAUCUUCCAAAUUGCCUGGAAGAAACCCAGGCCUCAAUGUUUGCAGACGAUACCAGUAUAUCAAGCUCUGGCACUUCGCUUUUAGAGAUUGAGAAUAAGAUAAACAAUGAUCUGCAUAAUGUUAAUAUCUGGCUAGAGACAAACAAGCUGACUCUUAACACAGAAAAAACAGAAUUUAUGUUAAUAGCGUCAAAGAGAAAACUGAAACAAUAUUCAGGAAAUCCCAAUAUAACUAUUGGUAGCCAUGACAUUAAACAGGUCAUAAACAAAAAAGUAUUAGGGAUUAUUCUGGAUGAAGAAUUAAAAUGA